UUAAAUUUCAGUUUAAUAUCCAGGCUGUUACAUAAUGUAACAUUAUAUUUUCAUUUAAAAGACCUAUAUAUACGUUGGUUUAUCAAAUUAAUUGAACAUUAAAAAAAUUCAGUUAGAAAGGUGAGUAAUUACUUAUUAAAUUAUCAUUUUUGUUUGAAGUUCAAGUAGUGAAAUGGUUUGUUGUAAAACUAAAAUACAGUAAAUCAUAAAAAUAAUUUGUUCUUGGGAUAUACCGUAAUUUGUCAUUGCUUUCAAUUUGAUCUGAUCAUAAAUUAUUUUAAAUGUCUCAAUUUAUACACAGAGACCAAACGACGUAUAAUUGCAUAAAUAUUUGCAUUUAACCCAAUAAAUACACAGUAAGAUAUUAUUAACAUCUAAAAUCAUAACGUACAGCUUUCUGUUCAACAGGUGAAAGGUCGACUCUCUUUAUUCUAAAUUCUAUUUACUAAAAAUAAAUGAUACAUACUUCUAACUAGUAUUCAACAACGGUGGCAGAUACAUGUACUUGGCAAAACUCAGAUUUUUAACCCUAUAAGAACCAUAUACAUGUAGUCGGGUCCAUUCCAUGACAGUCUGCGUUUUCGUGCUUAUGUCUUGUCAAUAAGAAGUAUUUUCUAAAAUGGUUGAAUAAAUAGCUGGAAAUAUUGCUUUCGGUUGAUUUGAGAAUUAAAUGUUGUGAAUAAUGGGAAUAUGUGUUUUUCCUCAUUAUAAUAUCUUUCUUUUUUAAAAGGGACCUAGACACAAUUUGAGCGCAAAAUUUCUAAUAUUAAUUUUCUGAUUUUUACUGUCUAGAAUGGUAAAUAUUGGUAUUUUUAAUGCUUCGUUUACAUUUGAAGGCGAAAUAUCGAGCAACAAGCAAGGUAUAGGUUGAAAUUCUUUGUUUUGUAACAAAGCUUGAUAUUGUUUAUUUAUGUGUUGUAUUGAUUAGAACAUUAAAUCAGUUUAUCUUGUUUGUCAAAAGUCAUUUCAAAAAUAGGAUUUCUUUUUUUUCUUGGCAUUAUUUUUAAACAAAAAUAUUAAGACUCGAGCUUUGUUUACAUAACAAUGAUCGAUUUCUUACAUGUACAUACAUGUAUGUAUCUUGCUUGUAACUUGUUUUCUACAUUCAAAUUUUGGUCAAUCACUCAAAAUGCACAUUUUAAAAGUUUUAUAAAUAAAAAAUAAAAUUUUGAUUUCAAAUCAUGCCUAUGUCUCUUUAAUUUGUGAUCAUAUUUGAUAAGUUUCAGAAUGUUGUUGACAUUUAUCAUACUGAUGGUUACUACACAAUGGGGAUUGUGUGAGAAAGUGUCACCAAAACCAUGUCUGAAAUUAUUUAGAGAGGAUUACAAAAGCGUGGAAGAAACUUGUUUAGCUGUUGGAUUUGUCAGAAACAACUGCAGAAAUGAUACCAAUAAUCAUCGAGUGGUUGCUUUUGAUGUUUGGUUAAAAUAUCAUAAAAGAAACCUUGCCAAAAAUGCAAAAAUCGUAUUUGAAGAAGUUGGUCUGAACGAAGGACUGGGUUAUGAUGCCUCUACCGGAAUCUUCACGGCCCCUAGCGGUGGGAUCUACGUGUUCGACUGGACAAUUCUUGCAUGGGGAGGUCAAUAUGCCUACACCUCACUAUUUGUUAAUGACAAGUUUAAAUCAUGGAGCCACUGUCAUGAGCUGAAUUCUAAAACAUUCCUUCCCUGUAGCAAAAUGACGGUAGUGAAGUUAAACUGUGGAGAUAGAGCUUGGAUAGGAGUUUACAGUGGAACAGCUAAUAUAAUGAAUCAGUAUACGUCAUUCUCUGGUUAUAAACUGUAAUCAAUAAUACAGAAUCGCAAGUCUUUUCUUGUUUACAGUUCUUACAAAGCAAUGCUUCAAGUGUAUGGAAAAACAAAAAACAAGCUAGAUAUAUUUAAUAAGCAAAAGAUAGUCCUUACCAAAAUUAAUAAAUUCUAAUACAUCAGAUAUAAAAAAAAAUUCCAAAAUUAUAAGGGACUUGGACACGAUUUGACUUAAAAUUUUCAAAUUUUAUUUUUCCAUUUUUAAUGUUUAUAAUGAUAAAUAUAGAAGUUCAUAAUGCUACGUCAAAAUUGGUCAAAUAUCAAGUUAUAAGCAAGAUACAGAGUUCAUAAUUCUUUGUUUUGUAAACAGAGCUCGAAUAUUGUCUUCUUUUUUUUACAUAAUUAUGUGUUGUAUUGGUGUAAGUUUCAAUCAAAUGUUACUUUCUUUUGUUGAUAAUAGUAUUUAUGAAGAUAUUGAAUUAGUUUAAAUUGUUUUUUACAUGUCAUUUUGUCUAAAAAUGGCAAUUCUCUACUUUACAUUUUUGUAAACAACUAUAAGAUUCGAGCUUCGUUUACACAACAAUCAAUUCUUACCUCUGUAUCUCGCUUGUAACUUGACAGACUUUAACUUUCAAUAUUUUGGUCAAUCAUUUAAAAUGCACCAGUAAACAAUUUUAUACAUAAUAAAAAUAAAGAGGAACUUAUAAGUUUUAGAACUUUUUUCUGAUCCUUUUGUUUAGUCAAUAAAAUAUAUUCAAAACAAAACAAAAAAAUAAAAUAUUUGAUCUCAAAUCGUGUCCAAGUCCCUUUAAGGUACAUGUAGUAUAGGACACCUCCAUAUUGUGACAUUGUACUUCAUAUUGAAAUGAACAAUUAAAUCAAAUAUAAUUCUAUAAAUGUUUUCUUUCCCAGAGUGUUAUCUAACAAUCUGUAAGAGGCAAGUCUGAAGCUUUUAUAAUUCUAACCGUUCCAACAAUUUUAAAAAAAUACAUGUAUAUUCUUUGGCCAAAUAUUUUAAAAUUUGAAAAAACUAAACUGGUUAAAGUAUUUUGCUUAUGUACUAUUACUAACAAUAAUAUCGACAGGUGUCCUAUACCACCUUGAGAAACACAAAUCUGAACACUUGAUCAAAAUAAAAUAUAUUUCAAGUUCAAAACCCACUGCCACAAAACUUAAUAUUUAAAUUUAUGAUAUUAAUAUCAAAUCUAGCAACUAAAAUAAUGUACACUUUACAUUUUCCUGUGCAAAUGCAAA